AUCCAAACUCGGCAAGAACGUUCAAAUAGUUUACAAUCGAGCAAAGUUCAAACUUGAUGAGAAUCUUGUAGGCUGUGACGAACCGUCUCUGGUCCGAAGCAGCUUUAGAGCUCGCUGCAAUUCAGACUGCUUAUCUCGACUUACUGUAGAAGCCUCGACUCAGACUACGAUGCAACAACAGAUCUAUUCACAUUGGCAUGGCUAUCAAAACAUAAGCCAUUUGGUUAUCUUUGGAGACUCUUACUCCGAUGUGGGCUACCGAUCGAGCUCGAUGCUUCACCCUUCUGAAGAACACCCACUCGGCGUCGUGUUUCCAGGUUACAGUUGGGCUGAAGACCAUAAACCCAACUGGGUUGGCUAUCUUAUCACUGAGUUCGCUCCCGGACACGCCAUGCUUGUCUACGACUAUGCUGUUGGUGGCGAUAGAGUAAAUGGUGUUGUUUCGCAGAUCCAACGUCACUUCAUUCCCAAGGUCGGACAGAAACCUGACUGGGCUCCAUGGUCCUCGGAUGAUACCUUGUUCAUAACGUGGGUUGGCAUCAACGACUGCGCCUUCAUUGCAACAGAGAAAAACAUCAGAGACUCUAUGGACAAACUAUUCGAGCAACAAGACCACCUGUACGUGCUGGGAGCCCGUAACUUCCUUUUCAUCGAUGUGCCCCCAAUCCACAGAUCCCCUGCAGGUAUUAGGUCCAUACUCCAACACAAUUCUCUUUUAAUCCUUUUUCGCAGUACCCGUGGGCAGGGCCGAAUCCACCUCGCUGAUAAACAAACUCUGGAACCAGAUUCUACGAGAGGCGGUUACACAUUUCACCUCUACUCACCCUGACGCCACAGCCUUCAUUUAUUCGUCCUAUAACUUGUUCACUCGUAUUCUGGAUGAUCCUGUGGCGUAUGGGUUUCAGUUGGAAGAUCGCCGUAAAAGAGGCGGGAGAAUCUGGAAAGAUCAUAUCCAUCCGAAAACCAGGGUGCAUCAAGAGAUUGCUCGUGACGUUUCAGCGUUCUUAGAAGCGCAGCCUGCCUUUGGCAAUGGCGACGUUGCGGAAUCGCAGUUGCCUGGUGCUACACAACAAUCAGACAUCCAGGCUACUUCUUGAGAUCUGCGGAUAUAAAUGAACCACAUCUGGAGGGUUGCUCUUUACUGUACUGCCGUGGAUGAUUCGGAUCCGAUUUCUUGGACGUGGAUUGAUAUUUGUACAUGAUUCUGUUCUGAUACCUGGUAUGAGGCAUAGUUAAACGGGGAAAACCCACGUGUCUACCCCAUAAACCAUUAAAAAGCUUUUCGUAAAAUACGCGAACUUACGAUCAGACGCGAUCGACGCGUCCAAGCGCUUAUUGUAGUGGUAGGACUUUGUACGCUAUCACCACCACUGCGCCCAAUUAGAGAUUCAACAUGCCUAGCGU